CAGUCAUGGUCAGUCAUUGACCACUCUGGCAACCAAGCCGCCAGCUGACAUCUUCAUCUAUAUUUACUGAUCGACUGGCUGCCUGCCUGAUCAACCAAUUAACUGCAGCCAUGGCACGAAUUAACACAAAGCUCACCCGUCUCUUAGGCAUCAACAUUCCUGUUGUCUGCCCUCCGAUGGCCAACGCUAGUGGCGCAAUAUUGCCAGCAGAAGUAACCCUCGGGGGAGGCUUUGGAUUCAUAGCCGCAGGUUAUAGUAGUGCUAAAGCUCUGCGACAUGAAAUAAGCAUGGCUAGGUCCAUUCUUCGCGUCGAGGCCUCAUCGACUCUUCCUAUCGGAGUCGGAUAUUUGGCAUGGAAGCUGGAAGAACCAGGCAACCCUGCACCCGAUAUGCUAAAUGCCGCUCUGGAGAACGGUGUCCAGGCCAUUUGGCUGGCGUUCGGCAGAGAAAUUGGAAAAUGGGUGAAAUACAUUCGUCAGUAUGACGGAACAAGUGGGCGCAAGACCAUUGUAUUCAUCCAAGUGAAUUGCCUGGAAGAAGCACAGGCGGCUUACAAGGAUUGGGGUGCCGAUGUCCUCGUUGCCCAAGGAAUCGAGUCAGGUGGACAUGGAGGCAGUUAUGCUCCGCCGUUGCUGGACCUGAUCACCUCCAUCACAAAGAAUAUUCCAAAGGACGGUCCUCCAAUCUUGGCUGCUGGCGGUCUGUCCAAUGGCUCCCAGGUUGCUGCCUUUCUUACACUUGGAGCCGCGGGUGCAGUCCUCGGCACACGCUUCCUUCUAACCCCGGAAAGCCAGUACUCGGAAACUCAGAAGGCCGCACUCUUACCUGCCUCCGCUAGUUCCACCGUCCGGACCCUCGCAUUUGACUAUGCAAGAGGUACGCUUGGCUGGCCAGAAGGGAUUAAUGGACGUGGUCUGCGGAAUCAAAUUGUGAAGCUAUUCGAGAAAGGCGUGGAUAUUGAAAUAUUGCGAGAGAAGCUGGAGGAGGGCACCAGACACGGCGAUCCGGAUUACAUGAUUACUUGGGCCGGACAAGGCGUGGGUGACAUGACAGAGAUCAAGGGCGCACAAGCCCUUGUUCGUGAAAUACAACAGGAGAUUGUGCGAUGCCUGAAGGCUGCCCCUCUGAUGGUUGAAGAGACGCAGACAUCCAGAUUACGUGUUGCAGCAGAGACACGUGUAGGCGAGUGAAUUGCACUAUCUAGCUCUCGUCAUCUUGCCGGAGGCUCUUCACAUCCCGGUUUUAUCGGUAAGCAACUCGCCCAUCAUCACAAGUACCGCAGAAUGGGUCCGUGAUACUGAAAGUGUAAGAGCUAUCAAUUCAACAGGAAGAUUUUGCUCUUGUCGAAGGUGAACAAUGAUUAUUCGAUUAACUUUCUUCUUGAAUCCGCCUUGCCCUUCGCCAUUUCAUAAGCCCACCGGACGUUGGGCAUGUCCAUAAGAUUUAGGUUCUGACAUUAGCCAAUUCACCAUGAGGUGCGUCAAAGAUUUGUUUCGUAUAGUCGUUGGUACAGUACAACACUUGUGGUCAGGAGAGAUUCUAUACUUAUCCGUGCAAUGGUCACUAGCAGCUUGUAUGAUGUUUGAGGUUGUCC